AUGUGUGAUACGCCUGUGAGCGGUAAGCCAAUGGGCCACGAGCACGUCCAGAAGGGCUCGAUCGUCCAGCCCAACACACCGCCAUCACAGGUGCUGCCGUCCGCUUUCCGUCUUCUCUCCCACAACGCAUCUGCCUCUCCGGCUCCCCCAUCGCCAGCCAUGGACCACACAUUACUGGUACAGCGCAUCGAGUUCCUCGAAAAAGCAGUCGAGGCUCUACAACAGCGAGAGUAUCAAGCAAAGUCGAGAGGCAAAGAGCGGGCCCUGCAAAGGGAUGCCGCCAUCGCAUCGCUCGGCGAGGAAAGGCAAUAUCUGCAAGGAGAAAACGAAAGUCUCCAGAGGAAGAUGCAAGGUCUCAACAUCCACGUGCAAGACCUUCACAACGAAUUGAUCGCCCUCAGAAACAGCAAGGAGGAGGCGCAGAAGGGAAAAGAUCGUCUCUCGAAAGCGGUCCACAACCAGAAUCGCAUUCUCACAGAGCAGAGAAGGGAGACCAAGGCGAACACGACCGAACUGUCGCAAAAGCUCCUGCACUACGAAGAUCUGCUUCGGAAGGAGAAACAGAAGUACGAAGAUCUGCUUCAGAAGGAGAAGGAGAAGUACGAUGAGGUGUCUGAGGAUCGGGACUUGAUGUAUGAGGCCUUUGAAGACCAGGCCGAUCAUAUCGCGGAACUUGUGUUGAAAAACGAACAGCAAGCCAAGUGGAUGGGGAAAAUCAUGUCUGACUUGAUGUCGAAAGUGACGGCCAAGGCACGGGCAGAGCCGCAGAGGAAGGACCAGGCCACAGGAAUCAAGAUCGCUCCUCCUCGACAAAAGUCGUCAUUUGCCGGACGGACUCGAAGUCUAAGCGAGGGCGCUCUGGGGAAGAUUGUUCAUUGA